GUUUGAGGUCAUCGUUAUCAUCAUCAGCAGCAGCACUCCCUCAGUUGAAGCAAAGACGAAGAGGUUGACGCAUUCUGUUCUGCUGCCUCGCUUCGCCCACGCAGCCUUUCGCCGCGCACAAUCCUCCUGAUUUAGGAUAAGAGAGAAGAGGCAGCGAUUGGGCAACCAUGUUGCGUUUCGCGUGCACCGUGACGCUUCUCUUAUUCUGCACUGCGCUGUGCCACAGCACGCCAGGUGUAAUGCGCUCCGAGCCUUGCGACGUGAAUUCCUGCAACGCAAGCUGCACGCAACAGUGGCAAGGGUGGAACGACCAGGACGUCUACGGGAAGUGCGAUCAGAAGGGCGUGUGCCGCUGCUACCAUCGAUCGAUGUGUGAGGAGGCGAAAUGCUCGAACACGUGUCGUGAGAAGCACGGAACAGAGAACAAUCUCAAGUCUGAAUGCAUCGAUGGCGUCUGCACCUGUACUUGGAACAAAAAAUGCGAGCUGUCUGCAUGCGAAACAUAUUGCAAGAAAGUUUACGCCGGAAAGCCCAACAUUGAAUGGAACUGCGAGGCAGACAAGUGCUACUGCAAGUGGCAUGGAGUGGUGCGAGGUCCGGCGCCGGGCUCGUCUGGCUCUGAUGGUGCGAAACGUGAGGAGAGGCUCCACCUGGUGGAGAGUGACUCGUUCUACCUAGAGAAAGAGGUUCAGUUUUCCGAUGCGAAAAAAGCCGCACAGUGACCUGCUAACGGCUCGGCAUCUUCCUGGUGUCAAACAUUUGCAACAAAAAAGAAACACGCGCUUCCAGGGCUCAA